CCGUAAUAAAAAGCAAAUCAAAUCGAUAACUUCAAAACCCUAAUUCCGAUUAUCCCACAAGCACUACUGCAACAGGGAAAUGGCUCCUAAGCAGCCAAGUACGGGUCUCUUUGUUGGAUUGAAUAAAGGUCACGUUGUCACGAAGAAGGAAUUGCCUUCACGCCCCUCUGAUAGGAAAGGGAAAACUAGCAAGCGGGUGCACUUUGUAAGGAACCUCAUCCGUGAGGUUGCUGGUUUUGCACCUUAUGAAAAGCGUAUAACUGAGUUACUGAAGGUUGGAAAAGAUAAGAGAGCACUGAAGGUUGCCAAGAGAAAGCUUGGAACCCAUAAACGUGCAAAGAAGAAGCGUGAGGAGAUGUCCAAUGUUCUCAGAAAGAUGAGGUUGUCCGGUGGAGCCGGUGAUAAGAAGAAGUAAGUCUUUUCUUCAUUCCUGAUGGAUCUAUUUUUUGAUAGACAAGCCGUCUUAAUUUACAUGGUUCAAUUAGUCGAGUGUAAUUUUCUGUUUGAAAUAUUUAAUUUGACUGUUAUGGAAAGUACUUAUUGCUUGUUUUCUGUAAUUUACUAUUUAUUUGAGGGAAAAACUUUUUUAAUA